AUGCCUACGACAGAAGAAGACAUCGCGUGGUUCCGCUCUACUUUUCAUCCCAUCCCGAAACCUGCUUUGCCAGACGACUGUAUCGAAUACUCCCUCUACAUAAUUUCGCCCUCACUCGAUCCAAGCCAUGACUCUGAGUUGCGACUGCGACUGCGGGAGGUACAGAAAUAUGCAACAGACCUCCAUCGGCAUUAUUUGAAAGACUAUAUAUGGCAGCGCCAAGGGUUUUCCCUAGAGCUGAAUAAAGAGGAUGGUUUGAGUUUUUUGCGCGGGCAGACCGAAUAUGGCGACUCCGUGGAAGAUGAAUGGGCCAUAGUCUGGCUCCUACGGGAGCUGACGAACAAGUUCAAUGACCUAUGGGUCAAAGUCACAGACAGCGAUGGCGAGUUCCUCCUCAUCGAAGCCUCUGGUACAUUACCAUCUUGGCUAGAGCCCGAUGUCGCCGAGAACCGUGUCUGGAUCCACGAUGGGCAGUUGAAAAUCAUCAAGCCUGCGAACGCUUCGAGAAGCUCAAAGCGAACAGAGGAGAAAUUGUCUCUCUCGCAAGCCAGGGAAAUCAUCGUGAAUGAGCCAAAGAGGUUGAUGCACUCGAUAAGCAUGGAGGAAGAAGCAUUCUUUCGACUGCGAAACUAUCCUGCCCAGAUUUCAGAGAACAUGCAUCAUGCGUUGAUCGCAAUACCUCGGAAACUUGCAUAUCUGCUUCAUCACAAGCCAGCCUACAUUGCGCCCGCGGUAGAGGCAUUCUAUCUUAGAGACCCAAUCGCACUAAAACCACUACAAAACAAGGAAAACAAGGACAAGCUGGUUUUCGCCCCUGAAGAUUUCGUGACAGUCAGCGUCAAAUUCCCUCGCGUGGCAUAUGCGCAAAUCAAGUCACAGGAAUUCCCGGCACCAGCUGUAUUCGUGGACGCGAUGCCAUCAGGAACAGAUCCAAAAGCCUAUGUUCGCGCCGAAACGGGGAUGAAAGUCACUUGUGGAUUUGAAAUGCUAGUCUCGGAUCCUCAACAUCAAGAUCGGCCUGCGGUGCGCGAAAUGAAGAUGCUCCUCGAUGACCUAGAUUCUGGAGAUGAGGUCCUACCGUCUGAAACUGAAAUAGCAACAUGGGAUCAGCGGGAAGAUGAUGAGAAGUGGCUUGAUAUCGGUUUUGACGAUCUCGAGAAUGAGCUCGGUGGCCGCCAAGGACAAACCGGAGGCAAAGGCAAGAAAACUGGCUUCGGCGAUAAGGCGGCGCAAGAGAAUCUACAGAGAAUCGUGAAGCAAUUUGAGGAGUUUUUGAACGACGAUAAAGCCGGUCCAGACGGCGCGGGAUUGUUCGACGAAGACAGUGAUAAUGAUUUCGAUGAUGACGGGCUUGAUGAAGAUGAUGAAGAUGAGGACGACGAAGGCGAGGACAAAGAAGCUAGUUUCGGUGAAGACGAGUUUAGCAAGAUGAUGCAGGAAAUGAUGGGCAUGCCGCCAGAGGUGAUGAAGGAGAUCAUGACGGGGAAACUUGGCCCGGGUGCCCAGGACCCGGCCAAUCGAUCUGCGUUGAGACCGCCCGAAGUUCGAGAUUUGGACACAAUGGACGAUGAUGAAGAGGCGGAAGGUGACGCCGACAUGCAGACAUUCAUGAAACAGAUGGAGGCAGAGCUUCGAGGUCAUGGCGCCUUGGACCUCGGAUCGUCCUCGUCCGCCGGCAAACAGAAAGCGAUCAAAGAUUACACGCCAGAGGCUGAGAAGCAGAAUGCUGACGAAGACGAGCCCUACGAGUUGUCCUCGGACGACGACAUCGACAACGAAAUCGACGUCAACUUGGCCAGGAAUCUAUUGGAGAGUCUCAAGGCCCAGGCUGGCAAGGCCGGGCCAGGUGGCAAUCUGAUGGGCAUGAUGGGAUUGCGGAUGCCCAAGGAUGAGCUAGAUGAGGACGACGAUGAUGAUCAGGCUGGGCCGAGCGGAAUGCGUGGCAUGACAGGCGGGAUGUCGAGGAUUGAAGAGCUGAAGUAG